CGGAGUUCAAUUCAAGUCUGAUCCUGCCCUUGUUACUUCCCUCCCGGAAGCAUCCAUUGGCUACUCUCCGGAAAGCCCUGAACUCUGAUUGGAGCUGGGCGACCGCCAAUCAUUGCAAAGGCUGGCAUGAGGAUUGUACGUUGUGAGGAGUGUACAGUAUUGACCUACUAACACAGAUCCGUCUCCAGUGGCGGCGGCGGCGGCAGCAACGGCAUUAGCAGCACCAGCAAAAGACUCGUCUCUUGCCUGGCUGGGCUGCUCACUCCCACCUGACACAGGAGCAGUUUGGGGCUGCCAAGAAAGGGCAGCGCUCUCAUUUUGAAGGGGUCUUCAGGGGGCCUUCUCCUCAGGCUUCGCAGUCACCGGCAUCCUGAACACUUUUCAUCGUCGGCUCCACGCCAAAGUAAUCCGUUUCAGCAGAAAACAGGCAGAUGGCAAAGGGAUCUUCUGAGACUGCAUAGUCCAUUCCAGCGGAGGAGAUUGUCAAGAACUGUGCAAAUAGACGUUCAAGGACAUUGGCUUGCGUUUUGAACUACACGCCCUCGGAGACGUUUUGAUAAGGCUGGUAUUUUUAGGAAGGCAUUUCGCCCAGACAUCAAGUGGUUUGGUUGGUUAGAUGACUGCCAGCUGAAUCUACUUAGAAGAAAAUAUGACUGAGAUAGCUUGAUGCUUCAGAAUAUUAAACAAGCAGAAGAAUGCUUAUGGAUUUAACAUUUUUGUAUUUACCCAGUUGUUAUGGUUCAAGGAAUCCUAGGAUAUUAAUUUCUUCAGUUACUAUUUGCACAGCUACUAAAAAUUGUUUCUAAUGCAGCUGAGAAAAAUGCAAUCCAUAAAAACAGAACAAGCACCUGCUGAUACAAGUAGCAAUGUGGACAAAAUUAUGGUACUUAAUUCCACAUUAACUGACGUAUCUGAUGACUUAGCAAGCGGUGAAGACAUGCUACUAAAUGAAGGAAGCAUUGUAAAAAACAAAUCUUCUGCAUGCCGAAGAAAACGGGAAUUCAUUCCUGAUGAAAAGAAAGAUGCUAUGUAUUGGGAAAAAAGGAGGAAAAAUAAUGAAGCUGCCAAAAGAUCUCGUGAAAAACGUCGGCUGAAUGACCUUGUGUUAGAGAACAAACUAAUUGCACUGGGAGAAGAAAAUGCCACUUUGAAAGCUGAGUUACUUUCACUGAAGCUAAAGUUUGGUUUAAUUAGCUCUUCAGCAUAUACCCAAGAAGUUCAGAAGCUCAGUAAUUCAACAGCUGUGUAUUUUCAGGAGUAUCAGAACUCCAAAUCAAGCAUUAACUCUUUCAUUGAUGAACAUGAGCCAACUCUGGUGGGUAGUAGUUGUAUAUCUGUUAUUAAACAUUCACCACAAAGCUCUUUAUCUGAUGUCUCUGAAGUUUCAUCAGUAGAUCAUGCUCAGACAAGCCCUAUACAAACUAAUUGCAGAAAUCCUGACACUAAGUUUCAGAUAAUAAAACAGGAGCCUAUGGAAUUGGAAAACUAUACAAGAGAUCCGCGAGAUGAAAGAAGCGCCUAUGCAUCAUCCAUGUAUCAAAACUAUAUGGGAAGCAACUUUAGUGGGUAUUCACAUUCCCCUCCUCUCUUGCAAGUUAACAGAUCCUCCAGUAACUCUCCAAGAACUUCAGAGGCAGAUGAUGGUGCUGUAGGAAAGUCAUCAGAUGGAGAAGAUGAGCAGCAGGUUCCUAAAGGUCCAAUCCACUUUCCUGUUGAACUUAAAAAUAUCCAUGCCACAGUUAAGGUUCCAGAGGUGAGCUCUUCUGCACUGCCUCACAAACUUCGAAUUAAGGCCAAGGCCAUGCAAAUCAAAGUGGAAUCAUUAGACAAUGAAUUUGAUGUUGCCCAGAAACUGUCAUCACCAAUUGACAUGUCAUCUAAAAGACAUUUUGAGCUUGAGAAGCACAACAUACAAAAUAUGGUGCAUUCUUCCCACACUCCUUUCUCUGUUCAAGUGACUAACAUCCAAGACUGGUCUUUGAAGCCAGAACACUGGCACCAUCAAAAGGAACUCACUGACAAAAUUCAGACUGCCUGCCAAACUGGAGCGGGUGAUAUUAAAGACAAUUCCUACAAGGUGUCUGAGACAGAGAACUUGUAUUUGAAGCAAGGCAUAGCAAAUUUGUCUGCGGAGGUUGCUUCACUUAAAAGACUUAUAACUACACAACACAUUUCUGCUUCAGAUUCUUGCUAAAUUACUACUGAAUAAAUGCUCAUUGUAUUAAAGGAUGUUAUUUGCAGUAGAUUGAUAUGUUUUGUAUUAUGCUGAAUUUUCACUGGACUUGUGAUGUCAUUUCACUGUAAUGUUCACAUGAUGUCUGAUGGAUACUGUCUUUUUGUGCACAAAUGAUUAUGAGGAUUAGAUUGUCAUGAUCACUAUGCCUUGUGUAUAGUCAGGUAGCCUGUGCAAAGGCUGUAUAUAGUGAACAUUAUUUUUCUGUUGUUCUGUUACUAUAAAUUGUUAAAGUUACCAGUUCUAAUAAAAAAAAAAUUGGUGACAAACACAUAA